AUGAGUGAUUUAAGCUCAUCUACUAUCUCGAGGACGCCUAUCUGCAGACUUCCACCUGAGAUACUUCAAAAAAUCUUCCUGCAAGCAAGCCAGUUGGCCUUCUCGUCCCCGUGGAGACUGAGCGCAGUCUGUCGUCUCUUUCGAGAUAUUAUUUUCCAAACCCCUUCAAUCUGGGCGAAUCUCGAUAUAGGCCCCACGAGAAGUGCAGUUUUUCCUCAUCCAGAACUCCUCCGACUAUGGCGAUCAAGGCUCAAGGACAGGAAAGGAAAUCUUUCCGUUAGUCUUGCACCUUGGGUCAAACAGGAGACUGUGGAUGCCGUCGUUGCAGAGGCAGCAUCCAUCGGCUUUCUGUCCUUCUUCGACCGUCCAAUGGUGCUCCUCGCUAGCAACUUCCCGCAUCUCGUGGAGCUCCGGAUGGGGCACUUUAGGUCGUCCUGGGAGGCGAUAUGUCGACUAAAUCAUGACGAGGUCACCGAACUGAUAGAUCUUCACUGCUCGCUGCCAGCACCAAGCCAAACCGGAUAUCUCAACUUAGGAGAACGCUUUCCAGCUCUCAAAGUGUUACACAUCCACCAAAUUCCUCUGCCUACUCUCCUGUUUUUGGCCAACACCCCACAGUUCCCUCCUCUGCAGGAGCUAUGCGUCCACUCCAAGACUAAUGUAUGGCUUCUUAUUUCAACACUGUGCAAGGAUAGCUUAAGAAAACUCACGAUUCGCCACAACUGCGCCGAAAGUUCUUUCCACCGCGAAAUUUCUUCGAGUCUCCGACUAGCAAAACUCACUUCGUUGACUUAUAUCUGCACGCUUAGUCCAGAAUUCGAUCCCGAAUCUCUUGUAUUCCCAAACUUGAUUACUCCACAGCUCGACUACUAUCAUCAAGAGUCACCCUUUCACACGGAAUUCGCCCAUCGAGACCUCUCCACCGCUACACACAUAGUCUGGGCGGGGAAAGGAAGUGUCCAAUGGCGCCAGAUCCCAUCUGUCAUAAAGAUUGAAAUCCUGCACCGCGACAUCGACAUGCUACGUUCGAGCUUUCUUGAACUGGCGGAGAAUCCAGAUCAAUGCCGCGAGCUCAGGGACGUCGUUCUAGGUGUAGAUGGAUACCUGAUGGAGGAAUUAAGGCCCUUAGCGGAGAGAAUCUUGGAGAUUCUGAAGGACAGGUCGAUUCGGCUGGAGCUUCGGCCUGGCCUGGUUUCCAAGGAUGCUGGUUGCUUUACAUACAAGGAGCGCUCCGACCUGAUUCACAAUUGUUAUGAAGAAGACGAGAAUACGGAUACGACUCACGAUGUUGACUGCUGCUUCUGUUACAUCUGUCGUUCUAGGAGGGCACUACGAGGCGCACUGGAAAGGGCCAAAUUAUUACGCGCGGCGAUCCCACAUCCUACCAGUGAAGAUGAUGACAUAUCUGAACUCUUGGGACUUUUAGAUGGUAAGAUUACGAUGGGCUAUUGA